CCCGGGUCCCGCGGCCGCAUGACCCGCGCCGGAGCGGCGCUGUGCCGGGCCUGCCUCGCGCUGGCCGCCGCCCUCGCCGCGCUGCUGCUGCUCCCGCUGCCGCUGCCGCCGCCCCGCGCCCCGGCGCCCGCCCCGGCCGCCCGCAGCGCCCCGGCCCCCGCCGGCCCCCGCCUGCGCCCCGACGACCUCUUCAUCGCCGUCAAGACCACCCGCCGCAACCACGCGCGGCGCCUGCGGCUGCUGCUGCGCACCUGGAUCUCCCGGGCCCGCCGGCAGACGUUCAUCUUCACCGACGGGGAUGACCCGGAGCUCCAGCUGCAGGCAGGCGGCCGCGUCAUCAACACCAACUGCUCUGCCGUGCGCACCCGCCAGGCCCUCUGCUGCAAGAUGUCGGUGGAGUACGACACGUUCAUCGAGUCUGGCCGCAAGUGGUUCUGCCACGUCGAUGAUGACAACUACGUGAAUCCGGAAGGCCUGCUGCAGCUGCUGUCCACUUUCUCCCCCAGCCAGGACGUGUACCUGGGCCGGGCCAGCCUGGACCACCCCAUAGAAGCCACCGAGAGGGUCCCAGGAGGCGGAACCGUGGCCACUGUCAAGUUCUGGUUUGCCACCGGCGGGGCGGGGUUCUGCCUGAGCAGGGGCCUGGCCCUCAAGAUGAGCCCCUGGGCCAGCCUAGGCAGCUUCAUGAGCACCGCGGAGCGCGUGCGCCUGCCGGAUGACUGCACCGUGGGCUACAUCGUGGAGGGGCUGCUGGGCGCCCGCCUGCGGCACAGCCCCCUCUUCCACUCCCACCUGGAGAACCUGCAGCGGCUGCCACCGGAGGCCGUGCUCCGACAGGUCACCCUGAGCUACGGCGGCCCUGAGAACCCGCAGAACGUGGUGAGCGUGGCGGGGAGUUUCAGCCUGCAGCAGGACCCCACACGGUUCCAGUCUGUGCACUGCCUCCUUUACCCGGACACAGACUGGUGUCCCCUGAAGGAUGGGGCCGACCCCGCCACCUGGUGACCGGCCCUCUGCCCCCGGUGCCCCCCUCCCCCCCCUUGCAGGCUCCGUCACCCCGCAGCUCUCCCAGGGGCCAUGGGAGGGCAGUGUGGCUGGGGCCUAGGGCCGCUCGGCCAGGCUGGCCACCGGAAGUCUCUGCCCGGGCUCCGCGCGCAUCCUCAGCGCAGAGCGGGGCUGUGUGGGGCUGGCCAGAGCGCUCGCCCCCCGGGGCUGCCCGCCCCUCCUCCUCCUAGGACUCCCCGCUGCGACCCAAGCUCCCCUGCACCCAGCACUCCCGGUUGGUCCACGUGGGGGGGGGGGCGGCAGAGCCUCUGCCCGGGGCCCUGGGGUGAGGCGGCCCGGAAAGCGCCCCUCCCUGCCUUGCGGGAUGGCUGUCCGGAGAGUAAAGCUUCCUUGGCUCU